ACGGAAAACGGGAAGGAAGGACGUUAAACUUUUGGACGAAUUUCAAGAUCGUCGACGCGGAUUUUCACCAAACUUUUUAGUCGAUUACCUGAGACAGAAAACUUUUUGUCGGCGAACAAAACCCCGAGCGGCGAUCGGACUUACAUCUCCUAACUUUAUGUACUUAGACCUGUCUCUUCCCGCGCUCCGCCCUACUAUGGUCAUUAUGGAAGUUCCCAGCAUCGACUGUGUCGCCCUUCGGGCGCUGCUGGACGGGGACGAGCCCGGCUGCCUCGUGCUGGACUGCCGCUCGUUCUUCUCUUUCAGCUCGUCUCACAUCCCCGGGUCCACCAACGUCCGCUUCAGCACCAUCGUGCGGCGGCGGGCGCGCGGCGGGCUCGGGCUCGAGCACAUCGUGCCGAACGAGGACACGAGGAGCGGGCUUCUGUCCGGCCGGUACCGGACCGUGGUGCUUCUCGACGAGAGGAGCUCCGACAUCGCCCAGACCAAGAAAGACGGGACCCUGAUGCUGGCCGUGACCGCGCUGUACAGAAACCCGUGCGGAGCUAACGUGGUCUUCCUGAAAGGUGGAUUUGACACAUUCGCUUCUGAAUUCCCUGAAAUGUGCACCAAACCAGCCCCCCCUCAGGGACUCAGUCUGCCUCUGAGUGCCAGCUGCCACCCUGACAGUGCUGGAUCCGGUUGUAAUACAUGCGCUACCCCUCUGUAUGAUCAGGGCGGCCCUGUGGAAAUCCUACCCUUUCUCUACCUUGGCAGUGCCUACCAUGCUUCUAGAAAAGACAUGCUGGACAUGUUAGGGAUCACAGCCCUCAUAAACGUUUCUGCCAACUGUCCAAACCACUUCGAGGACCAUUAUCAGUACAAGAGCAUUCCGGUUGAAGAUAACCACAAGGCUGACAUCAGCUCCUGGUUCAAUGAGGCCAUUGAAUUUAUCGACUCAGUACGGAACAAAGGUGGCCGUGUCUUCGUCCACUGCCAGGCCGGCAUCUCGCGGUCGGCCACCAUAUGCCUGGCCUACCUGAUGCGCACCAACCGGGUCAAGCUGGACGAGGCCUUCGAGUUUGUCAAGCAGCGGCGCAGCAUCAUCUCCCCCAACUUCAGCUUCAUGGGCCAGCUGCUGCAGUUCGAGUCGCAGGUUCUGGCCUCGUCCAAAUGCUCCUCGGAGGCAGGGAGCCCUGCGCUCAGCAAGAGCAGCACCGUUUUCAACUUCCCUGUCUCCAUCCCCGUCCACGCUGCGGCCAGCCCACUCUCCUUCCUGCACAGUCCCAUUACCCCCUCGCCCACCUGCUGACGGGACGUUUUGACAAGCAGGACGUUCUUGGUUCAGAUGAUCACUCUGGUGGUCUUUGCAUUUCUGGACAAUUACAAUACCUUAUUCCUCUUGUUACAACAGUAUUUGCACAGCUUUCUGGAGAGGAGUAGGUGGCUGGUCCAACCUCGCUCUUGCGGACUGGCUGUGUUUUGAACACAAGACGGCAGUCAUUCGUGUUGACUGAGCUGAAGGGGUUGGGCGUUCGUUAGUGUGCGUGUUUGUUAGUGGAACACACACGAGGCUCUUGAAUGUCUUUGUAUAUCAGUCUCCGGGAAUUCGAGUGUCGCAACUGAUAAUCACGUUGUGUUUUUAUUUAUUACCACCAAUAAAGCAGCAGGUCUUACAGUUUGCUCAGGAAAAGUUAGCUUUUAUUUGUUAGACACCCUUUGUUGUUUUUGUUUUUGUUUUAGCAAACACAAGUAGUCUGAGGGGACCAUGUGUUGAUGGGCUUGAAGGUGCUAAUCUGAGUGAAUGCCCCCUCUUUGGUUUCCUUUUUCGGUUCUUGAACAAUGAAUGUAUUUAUCAUCUCUGGCUAGACUAGCUCUGCCUUAAGACAAUGAAAGUUAAACGUAUGGCUCGCUCAAGGGCCAUUUAUGCCUUUCAGAACUUAAUCCAACUCACCAAGACGUUUGUUUCUUGUAAGCAAGCACGAAAUACCUCAUGUGUCUGUUUGUUGGCAGCCCUGUAAGAACCCUCCCUCAAGCACUAAUGGGAGUGACUUCCAGGAGACUGUUUUGAUAUGUGAUAUUUAUUUCCUAAAUUAAUAUAUUUCUUAUGUUAUAUUUUUACAUGUUUGUGAUAAGAUGUUUUGAUACUGACGAAUAAAUGAAUUUUUGUUACAAUA